GAUCAAAGAAGAAGAAGAAGAGGAGUAAUUUGUGAGAAUUAAGGAAACACCCAGCAUCAUGCCUCACCCCCCAUUUUUGAAUUUCUUCAGUACAUGCAUUACUGGAAGAAAAACAGCAAUUUUGCAUAAAAUUGAUCAGAACGGGAUGGAAAUUAGAGGAGCAAGUAGUUGUUAUCAUCUUCCUGAUGAAUUGAUGAUCGAGAAUGUUCUGAUGAUAUUACCAGUCCGGACUCUAGCAGUUUGCUGUUGCGUCAGUAAGUGAUGCUUUUGUAAGGGUCCAUGCUUUCGUGGGUUCUUCUGGUUUGUUUGCCUGGUACGGCUUACUUUAUGCUUCUGCUGGACCAGUAAGGUACAGGUAUUGUCCAUUCAUGUCAUUUGUAAAGGAAAAAAUGCGGAUUUAAAAUCUUCAAUUUAAAUUCUUACAGUCUGACUAGCUAGUGUUACUGUAUUGUUUUGAGACGGAUGCUUGGAGUCAUAACAGCAAUAUCGAUCAGCGUUUAAUUUGUGUGGUCUAUAUUUGAUAGGGUUUCAGAUGAUCUUUCGUGUCCUAAAACGUAGACUUUUGUUUGGCUGUUCUUGUAAGUUAGAUUGCUACCACAUGGGCGGAUAAUCUCAUGGAUUUGAAGCAGAUGUCUCAUUAAAGAAGAUUUGAAAGUCUGGCAUAAUCCUACUGAGUGUUGGCACAUUAGCACAUUGGAUUGAAUUUUGCCAAACAGAAUUGUAGGUAGUGUGUAAGUUCAUCUGGUGUGCAGGGUCAUUAGCCUUAAACGGGUGUUAGUAAAAUGUGUCCCAUCACCAGUCACAGAAUAAAACUGCGCUUGAUGCCAGGCUUAGUUGUAAACUGAGUCUGACACCAGGCACAUUGUUAAACUGCACCUGAGUAAAAGUUUCACUGCCAAAUUUGUCAAAUUUCCUUGAUUGUGGACAUCAGGCACAUGGUGUUAAAGUAUCAAUCUACUGCAUGUUUCUGUCUUUGACUUUUGAAUGUCAGAAUAAUUUUAAAAAUAUUUUUAAGAAUCCUAUUAUUUUUAUGCUUGAUAAAGAAGCUUCCUUGCAAGAAUGGGAUUAGCUUAAACUUAGAUGAGCUGUAAUAAGAUAAGUCUUCCUCUAAAACUGGAGGAGACUUUCAGCCAGGCAAGCGAAGUCAUCUAUACAGAGUAGCUUAGCAAAAAAAUCUGCCAAGCUAUGGUUGACCAUCUUCCAAAAUAUGGAGAUGAGGUACCAUAGUGCUUUCUCAAUGUCAACUUACUAUGUUCAAAGUCAUCCAUUUGCCUCCUUACAAGUACAGACAGACCCAAGUACAACAGAAGUACAGAAAUAGACCCCUCUUUCUCUCAGACGAAAUUAAUGAGGAUAUGGCAAGCAGGAGCUGCAGGACUACUUCUUCUUCAACUCUUCAUAUCAAAUGCAUUUGCAACAGCUGCAUAUCUUCAAAACCCAGACUUUGAAACACCACCAACAAACAUACCAAAAAACUCAACUAGCCCAUUUAUACCGUUGAAUUCAACAAUCAAUACCCUAUCAGGAUGGUCAUAUCAAGGCACUGUUCAGUAUGUGAUUUCUUCAAGUCGGGAAGGGAAUGCAAUAUAUUUAGGCCAAAAUGGAAUGAUUAACCAAACAUUUAAUGCGAUCGAAGAACAUAAUCAAACUUAUGAUUAUUUACUUACGUUUAGUCUUAAACCAGCUCAACCAAAUUGUACUAAUCCUACUAGUGUUACCAUCUCUCUUCUGAAUAGAUCAGUUGUUGUCUCAUUUGACAAGAAAUUUGGGAAUUCAAGUAGUUGGCAGACUCAUGCCUGUUAUUUGGGUGUUCAUGGGGUUAAAGAGUUGAUUAAUCUCACUAUUGAAAAUCAUUCAACUGAUCAAAGUACUAACACCACUAAAUGUGGUGUGAUUUUGGAUUCCUUCAUUUUCAAGCUUAUUCCGAAUCCUAUAAGCUAUGACACUAACUUCUGGUUGGAUACGAAAACGGGCGAUCAGUCAGCAAAGUAAUAAAAGAACUGCCACAAAAUGGCGGGUUCGAAGUCGGGCCAGCAUUUUCCAACAACUCCUUCGGUGGCGUUUUAAUUGACGCAGAAUCAAAUUCAGCUCUAUCACCAUUAAACCGAUGGACAAUAUUAGGAACAGUGAAAUACAUAACUACAAACAAAAACUAUGAAGUUCCAGAAGGAGUUGGUGCAAUCGAACUCGUUUCAGGGAAAUCAAGUGGGGUAGAAACAACAGUUGCACUAAACAAAGGUUCCGAAUACAACAUGCAAGUUUCCAUUUCUGAAAAUAAUGAUGCAUGUGUAGGUAAAUUCGAAGUGGGUGUGCAAGCAGGAUCCACAGUUCAGAAUUUCACAAUAGAAAGAAAUGGAAGGGGAACGGGGAUCGGUUUUACAUGGAUGAUCAAAGCAGAUUCGAGUGUCACUCCUAUUAGUAUUCGAAGUUUUGCAACAACCAAAACUAAGGAUCAGGUUUUCUGUGGUCCUGUUAUUGAUAAAGUUACUCUAGAUCUUGUUAUUUCAUAUGGCUUGAAAUUGCAACUAAGCGUUCUGCUUGGUAUUGGGUUUCUUGUAACUCUUGCGUAGAUUUAGAUUAUUGUUGCAAAAGAGUGAUGUUUGAUUUCGUUUGUGUUUCUUUGAUAACAUUUUUUAUGAGAUUGUAUCUACCAAUUACAGUUUUUUUAUAUGUUACUAUUUGUAGUUUUGUUCUA